AAGGGUAGCAAGAGACAGGGAGAGCGAGUCUCCCUCGGAGGGAUAGCUAGAGUAACAGAAAUUCGAUUUCUUUUUUUAUCACUGGAGAGCAUUAUGGGAAUCGUCAAUAUGCUUAAGAUCAGUGGAACAUUUAUUGCGAUGUUAGCCGUGGUGCGUUCGGAACCUCCGGUUAAUUCGUAUCUACCUCCAGGAACGGGCACCUCUGGUGCGAAUGGCGGUCGGACCGAUCUGUCCACCCAAUACGGAGCGCCGAAUUUCAAUAACAAGGGUGAUGUUAAUGGAAACAGUGGCGCAACAAGUUUCGGAGGGCCCGGCGCAGGUAAUGGUCCGUCAAAACUUUACGACGUACCCAGAGGAAAUGCUGGCGGAAAUGGUUUAGGUCAGUUUCGAGGAAAUGGAUUUGAGGGUGGACAACCUUCUAGUUCUUACGGCGCUCCUAACGGUGGCUUUGGUGAAAACCGCGGUAACGGAGGAAGACCGUCAACUAGCUAUGGCGUUCCCGACUCAAGUGGGAAUAACAGGGGUGGUUUCGGAAAUGGAGGUAGCGAAGGAAGACCAUCCACUAGUUACGGUGUUCCCGAUACAAGUAGGAACAACGGCGGUGGUUUUGGAAACGUAGGCAACGAAGACAAGCCGUUGACUAAUUAUGGCAUUCCCGACGGAAGUGGAAACAAAGAAGGUGGUUUCGGAAAUGUAGGUAACGAAGGAAGACCGUCAACUAGCUACGGUAUUCCCGGUGUGAAUGGGAACCAAGGUGGUUUUAGAAACGGAGGUAUCGGAGGAAGACCAUCGACUAGCUAUGGUGUUCCUGGUGCGAAUGGGAACAACGGUGAUGGUUUCGGAAACGUAGGAAGACCAUCGACUAGCUACGGUAUUCCCGAUGCGAGGGGUAAUAAUGGGGGUGGUUUCAGAAACGGAGAUAUCGGAGGAAGACCAUCGACUAAUUAUGGCGUUCCCGGGGCAAACGGAAACCACGGGGGCGGAAACGGUGGCAACGGAAGGCCCUCGAGUAAUUACGGUGUACCUGGAGCAAAUGGAAAUACGAAUGGUAAAGGUCGCUCGAAUGGAAAUAGUGGCGGAGGACCAUCGAAUAACUACGGAUCUUCGAAUGGAUUCGGUAAAGGAUUAUCAACCAGUUACGGUCCACCUAAUAGAGAUGGAAAUGAUAAUCAUUAUCCAUCGGGAGACUCAAAUAGAGGAAAUUUUAUAAACGAUGGAAUUAACGGCUAUCCAUCUGGAAGUCCAAAUGGAAACGCAGGGAAUUUUGGGCACGGCGAUGAAAGUUUUGGAAGAGGGGGAGAAGGAGGAGAAAGAACUGGCGAAGGUUACAAUGCCAACGCACAAGAAGAAAGUACUGAACGGACGAAAUACGAGUUUUCAUAUAAAGUGAAGGAUCAGCAAACCGGCAGCGAUUACAGUCACACGGAGACUAGAGACGGUGACCAUGCUCAAGGCGAGUUCAACGUUUUGCUUCCAGAUGGUAGAAAGCAGAUUGUUGAGUAUGAGGCUGAUCAGGAUGGAUUUAAACCACAAAUUAGAUACGAGGGUGAAGCGAAUGCCGACGGAGGAUAUGGCUCCGGCGGACUGAAUGAUAACAAUGACGGUUAUUCUUCUGGUCGACCGGGUAGCGAAAACGGUGGCUUUGCGAAUAAUGGAGGCAGUAGUAACGGUGGUUAUCCGAGUGGUGGCCCCGGCGAGGGAAAGCUCGGUGGAUUUAAUAGCGGAGGCAGCAGCGGUUAUCAAUCGGGAAGACCAGGACAAUCCUUUGGCCGAGAUAAUGCUGGUGGUUUGAGUAAUGAUAUCGGCGGAUACUUUUCCAAUUCUCCUAGCAACAACAUUGGCGGCAGUGACAAUGCGAAUGUUGGAAGCAAUAGACAAAACGGCGGUAAUAGUGGAUAUCAAUAUUAAAAAAACAUAUAGUUCAAUAGAUUUAGAGACUAUAACUGUUUUGGAUAAUUUUGC